AUGUCUUUGGUGAGCGAUGUUGCGGAAGGGUGCUCCGGAUAUCAAGUUUCGCAGUCUUUGUCGCCACUUAUCAGUCCAUCAUCACCGGAUGUUUAUAAUAGUCGACGUGGCGGCAGUCCUUCACCAUGUACUUCACCCAAACGGUUAAGCGACUCUUUAAUUCUCCUUCAUCUUCCUUUCAAUCAGCACUCAAAAGUGGAAGUGAAACCUGGAAUUCUGGCACGAGACGCUAUUGCUAAAAUUUUGGAGAAACGUGCAAUAUUGCCUCAGAUGUGCAGAGUGUGUAUUGGCGGUGACCCUUCUAGUCCACGUAUCGACCUUAGCAUGGAUUUAGAAACAUUAUCCAAUACUCUGGAAAAGAAAGAGCUCUGGGUACACAGUGCAUAUCUCUCUAUAUUGGUAUCUAUCAAACACAGUUUUGUGCGGAAAACUUUUUUAUCAGUAGCAUUCUGUGAUGUUUGUCACAAACAAAUAUGGCUACAAGGAUAUCGAUGUGAGCUAUGCCAGUUCACAUUUCAUCAGAAAUGUGGUUUUAAAGUCCCAAAUUAUUGUGAUCGUAUGCAGCAAAUUUCGCAUGAUGUCCGUAUGGCAAAUAAAUUACGAGAUAUAUGUGAUCAGUAUGAAGGUCCAAACGCAGCGCUUGUUGCCGAAAUUAUCCAGCACUUCCAAAGCCCCUCUGCAGAUCCUCUUCCGAAUCGUAUUGGUAUUUCGCGUCAGCAGGCCGUGCGUUUGCCAGGCCGACCUGAAAUCGCAAUUGGAAUAAAUGAAUCUUCUCGGGAUCGUUCGUCAUCAGCUCCCAAUAUUUAUGAAAUAACGAAAGAUGAAACACUACGUGAAACGAGAGUGCUGGACGCAUUGAGCAGUAAUAUUCAUGUGCUUGUUCAGCCAUCAGGAGUAACAAGGACAGCGAAACCGACAAGUUUUUCGGGUCUUCGAGAUUGGCAACUGGCUAGUAAUCGGAAGCCAAAUCGUUUACAUCCAUCGACUCGAGCUGGAAUGGGAUCACCGUGUUUCACCACUUCACCGUCCUCAACAAGCUCUUCGCCUCCACCGGCUUAUUCUGGAGCCACAUAUGAUUCUAGUUCGGGUUUACCUCCUACACCACCACAAUCCGCGCCUCCACAGAAGACAUUUGGUUUUCGAUUCCGCAGCAAGAGUCCAAACGACAAAAUUCCAAUUAAAGGAGCAGGCGGUCGAUCGUCUGUCUCUUCGGAUCGAUUGGGUGAACCCCAUGAAGGUGAUUAUAAGGAGAAAUUAAAGCAGCGAAUUUUGAUGGAAGGUUGGGAAAUCGAUCGUGCUUUGGUAACAUAUCACAAGAAAAUUGGUAGUGGUUCCUUUGGUACUGUUUAUUUGGGCAGUUAUUUUGGUAAGUGCAUUAAUCUAG